GACCCUGCCCGUCGCAUGGGCGCGUUUGCGGCUGGAGAGGCUUGCGUCGUGCCAAAGUUACGAAAAACCCAAGGAGGGAAGCAAGAGAAAAAAGUUAUCCAUCCUUACAGCAGAAAAGCUGCGCAGCUUGCAAGGGAAGCACACAAACAGGAGAAGAAAGAAAAGUUGAAGACUGACAAAGCUUUGCGUUUGAGUAUCAUUGGAGAAAAAUUGCAAUGGUUUCAAAGUCACCUUGACCCCAAUAAAAUUGAGUACACGAAGAAGGAAGCUGGCGAACUAAUUGAAAAUUAUAUGUGUCGAUUCAAUGCUGAAUUGGAGCAGAUUGAAUUACAAAACAGUAUUAAAGGUAGACAAGGAAGACAGCAUGGUUCACGGGAAACUGUCAUCAAGCAGACCAUAGAACGUGAAAGACAACUCUAUGAAGGCUAUGGAAUAGAAAUCCCAGACAUUAUGAACAGAAAGCAUCUUAAAUUUUUCAGAGACUGGGAUGGUGAUCUGAGGAAACUGCCAAACAUCAAAAUGAAAAAGCUCUCAGCUAGGGAUGCUGCUUGCAGUCACCCUGAGGUGGCAGAUGUGGAAGCUAAAGAAGAAUUGAAUAAAGCAGAAGAGGUGCCUAAUGAGCACCAGCUGAUUCAGGAGCUGAAACAGCUGAAGGGAAUUCUCUUUUAAGAGUAAAAUUCAUUAUAAUUGACUUCCAGACUUUCUUCCCCAAAAGAAUUAAGUUUUACGAAGCUCUCAAAAUGUACUAGCAAACCUAGAAGUAAAGUGGCACUUGAAGAUUCACUAUAGCCUUUGCCUGAACUUUCUUCUAGACUGAUUUGUUCUUUUGACUGCAUUCUUCAGGGCUCCUCAUUUGUAGUGUAGAAAACACUACGCCUUAUUCUGCAAGGAAGAAACAAUGCUGGCUCUGUCAAACUGGCAUGACCUCAGAUGUCGUUUCUUCAGUUGCCGGCUGAGAGUUUGUACCUGUCUGUGCUACUGGCACCACCACUGCAUCCUUGACAUCCGAGGUCUGAGUGCACGAAGAGUUCUUCUCCUCCAGUUUUUUGGCGGUGUCUGGGCAGUUCUGAACAAAGAUCACUCUGUUGUAGGCUUUCAGCCUGCGCCACAGCUGAACAUAAACCUUACACUGCACGUACAUGAAGACCAGGCCCCCUGUGAAUCCAAUGGCCACCACAACGAGUUUUGUCCAAAAUGGCCAUUCAAGGACACCUUUGAAAUAAAACAUUUAUAUUUAUUACCAUUGUUAUACAUUGAAUGUCAAGUACUGAGUUUCAGUAGAAUACUUUGAAAAGAAGCCACUUGCUAAGAAUUCCCAGGUGUGUACACUCUAUUGGGGCAGUUGUGGCUCAAGUAGAAAACAGCAGCAAUGUCCUAUCCCAUAGGUCAGCCAAGAAACUACAUCUGCCUCCCACUUCUGACUUCACCACAAUUUGGUGAACUGACUUCACCACAAUUUGGCCAAAUAAGAAAUGGAAGGCCACUCUCACAAAGGAAGCAUAAUGCUUGAUACAGUCACACCCAAAACAUUUUACUGGUCUUCAAUAAUAUACCCAUAUUGAAUAGCUUGCUUAAACAAAAAUACAGGUACCAAAACUGAGAUAACUGCAUACCUAGAAAUACGCACAUCUUCAAGAACGACUGUUUUUUUAAUCGUGCUAGAAGCAUGACACUGUUUAGGGUACCUGGAACACCAACAUUUACAAUAUUAUUAGCUGGUCCUAGCUUCAUCCUGAAGCCACACUAUAGUAAAAAAAACUAGUGGAAAGGGCUCUUAUCUCCUGUAUCACCUGCCUUCAUUGGUCUCUUUUUUCCUGCUGUCUGUGCAAACCCCCUGAACACACCUGUAUCAAAAAGCAGAACUUACGUUCCUAUGUACUAAAAAAGUAAUUUUACAGUUUUUGGUGUAUCUGUUUUUACUUUUCUCAUUGCAUUGAUCAAUCGCAUUGACAUUUACAGAAAAAUAUAUGGCUGCUAACACAAAGCUAGAGAUGAGAGCAUUUUAACUUGAUUAUGAUAUGAAUAAUGUUAAAAUUAUUUGCUUUGGCCUAAAUGUUGUCUUAAGGUUUUAACACAAUAAAUUAAUGUUGUAUUAAGAA